UAUUUAUGUAUCUCUUAGACAAAAGAAAGAAAGAAGAAACGACAAUAACUGAAAAAACAAAGGAAUGAAUUCGUUUCUGGUUUGGGCUCUGAGCUUUGCGAUCAUUAUCGCGAUUGUUCGCUUCAACUUCAACCUUACGCCAUCAUCAUUAUUAUUAUUUGGAUCUCUUCUCAUCGCUUUUUGGAUUAUCAAAAUGAAAUUUCAUCAUCGGCGAUUUGGAGGAAGUUGUUUGAACAACCCCAAAGUAGAAGAUAAUAGUGAUGCUAACAACCCUAUUCCUCCUCACCUUGUCAUCAUGGUUAAUGGCAUCGUUGGCAGUUCUCAUGAUUGGAGAUAUGGUGCAGAGCAGUUUCUCAAGAGGCUUCCAGAUAAAGUCAUCGUCCACCGCAGUGAAUGCAAUUCUUCAAAAUUGACAUUUGAUGGUGUUGAUACAAUGGGUGAGAGGCUAGCUGAAGAGGUACUAUCUAUUGUUAGAUGCUGGCCUGGGUUGCAGAAGAUCUCUUUUGUGGCACAUUCUUUGGGAGGCUUGGUGGCAAGAUAUGCUAUUGCCAGACUUUUUGAUUACUCUAAAACAUUAGAAGCCGGAGUUACCUGCAGAAAUUGUGACUGCAAAGAGGAGGCAGAAUGUACGAAGAAUUGCACGGAACAGCAUUAUGAAGCCAGAAUCGCUGGUUUAGAGCCAAUGAAUUUUAUAACCUUUGCCACGCCGCAUCUUGGUUCAAGAGGACAUAGACAGCUUCCAUUUCUUUGUGGCAUUCCUUUCCUUGAAAGAAGAGCAUCUCAAACUGCACAUUUAAUUGUAGGGAGAACUGGUAAACAUCUUUUCCUCAUGGACAACGAUGAUGGAAAGCCUCCUCUUCUCCUCCGAAUGAUUGAGGAUUCUGAUGAUUUAAAAUUUAUGUCAGCUUUAUGUGUGUUUAAGCGUCGAGUGGCAUAUGCAAAUGCAAACUUUGAUCAUAUGGUUGGAUGGCGCACCUCAUCAAUUCGGCGUCAACAUGAACUUCCAAAGUCUAAUCUUCUAGUAAUUGAUGAGAAAUACCCACACAUUGUACACGCCGAAGGUGGGACUGUUGAUGAUAUUUCCAACAAAGUAUAUGUUAACGUUGGAGGCCAAAAAAUUGACAUGGAAGAGGAGAUGAUAAGGGGUCUCACUCAGGUUCAUUGGGAGCGUGUGGAUGUUAGCUUUCAGAAGAGUAAACAGCGGUAUACUGCUCACAGUACAAUCCAGGUGAAAACCUACUGGUUGCAUUCGGAUGGUUCUGAUGUGAUCUUUCACAUGAUAGAUAACUUCCUUAUCUAGUCUCUGGCAAUGCCUUGUAUUGCAAAUUCUACGGUAUUUUGUUAUGUCUUAGCUAGGUGAUUACUUCAUUGUUGUGCAUCUUCAUUUACAUGAGCACUCAUUCCUAAUAGUCCAUAUGUUCACACUUAUUGAGAAUUUUACAGACCUACUGACAACAGAUAUAUUGGGUUAAUUGUUUCUUGCACUGGACAAAAUGUAUACACACCACUAUUGAGUUGAUUAUUUCUGUUCCUUCAGAA